AUGCAAGGUCGUGAUAUAUCUAGGCAGCCUUGUCCUGACAGGAUUGUUGAAGACAUGGGUGGAGCCUUCGGUAUGGGUUCCGUUGGUGGAUUUCUUUGGCAUUUUAUUGCUGGCGCCAAGAAUUCUCCCAGAGGUUUGAUUUUAAAAAAUGCUCUAUAUACUGCGAGUUCAAAAUCCCCUGUUCUCGGUGGUAAUUUUGCCAUUUGGGGAGGCACAUUUUCAACCUUCGACUGUACCUUCCAGGCUCUUCGUAAUAAGGAAGAUCAUUGGAAUGCUAUUUUCAGUGGCUUUGUCACUGGAGGUGUUCUAGCACUUAGGGGAGGAUUAAAAAAUGCCUCCAGAAAUGCCUUUAUUGGCGGCGUUCUUUUAAGUAUUAUUGAAACCGUUUCAAUUGUUGUAAAUAAACGUAUAGCAGUGACUCCUAGACAACACUUUCAACGACAAAUGGAAUAUGAGAAACAAUUAAAGUAA